AUGAACACGAAGCCUGAACUCGCAGAGGACGGAGGUUGCAGUCGAAGUUUCGCUUCUCUAUCAACUCAAGCUUCGAUUUGUUUUCUUCAGUUUCAGCUGCUUCGUCCUCCGGGUUCGGCACCGAAAAAAGACCCAACCCGCCUAAGACGCCCGCCCAGCCGCCUAGCGCCCGCCCAGCCGUCUAGCCGCCCGCCUAGGCCCAUUUUUUGGAGUCUAAAGCACAAGAUGCCGAGGAUAGACUCGAAACGGUUGCCUCUCAGGCUCAAAAGGUCAUGCCCUGAUAUGGCUGACAUUGUUGCAGAACAUUGGAUUCAAAUUCAACGCCUUGAGCAGGUUCAUAUUACACAAAUUUUGACAUUUGAUCAUGCCCUCUUGUUUGCUGAGAGAAAAAAAAGAAAAAAGAAGAAAGAUUUGUCUCCUCCUCCUGUUGCGUAG